UGGUUUCGGUGUGUAGAACAGAAACUAAUUUUUAAUUCCUGAAAGUUUAAAAUUAGAAACUGGACCCUUUAUUGGAUAAGUAAGUUUAACGUACGUAUGUUAGUCAGAUAACGUUCAUUUUUUAGCAUUAACAUUUUCACCGCGUCGCUUUAACAGGAUGAUCUCUCAGGUCUUCAUCUUGUCCUCAAAGGGCGACCACCUCAUCUACAAAGACUUUCGUGGAGAAGCCGGAAGUGAUGCUGUUAGGAUUUUUUAUGAGAAGGUCACGGCGCUCACUGGAGACCAGCCUCCUGUUGUCAUGAGUCACAAAGAUCUUCACUUUGUCCACGUCAGACAAGGCGGUCUCUACUGGGUUGCUACCACCACGGCAGGCUCCUCCCCCUUUACCAUCGUCGAGUUCCUGAACAGGUUAGCCGCGCUGGUUAAAGAUUACUGCGGCGUCCUCUCAGAGAAGUCCGUGCAGAUGAACUUUGCCCUGAUCUAUGAGCUCCUCGACGAGGUUGUGGACUAUGGUUACAUCCAGACCACGUCCUCCGACAUCCUGAAGAACUUCAUCCAGACUGAAGCCGUUUCCUCCAAAUCCUUUAACCUCUUUGACCUCAGUAAUGUGGGCUUGUUUGGAGCGGACACUCAGCAGAGCAAAGUGGCUCCCAGCUCAGCAGCCACCAGACCCAUCCAGUCCAGCAGAGAGCAGGGAGGGAAGAGUGAGAUAUUUGUGGAUGUGGUUGAGAGAAUGACGGUCGUCAUCGGCUCCAACGGCGUCGUGAUGAAGGCCGACGUGGAGGGUGAAAUCAAAGUCAAGUGCUACCUGCCCACCUGUUCAGAAAUGCGAAUUGGACUGAAUGAGGAGUUCAGCAUCGGAAAGUCGCAGCUCAGAGGUUACGGCAUGGCGGUUCGUGUUGAUGAGUGCAGCUUUAACCAGGUGGUCAAACUGGAGGAGUUCGACUCUCACCGGAUCCUGAGGUUCUGUCCCAGUCAGGGGGAGCAAACGAUGAUGCAGUACCGGCUAAGCGACGAGUUGCCUUCAGCGCCUCCUUUCCGUCUCUUCCACACCAUAGAGCGAGACAGCUGCGGCAGGCUGCUGAUGUAUCUGAAGCUUCGCUGUGAUCUCGCGCCAAAGGGCGCCGCCAUCAGCGUGUCGGUGACCGUCCCCGUCCCCAAAGGUUCUGUGAGUUUGUCUCAGGAGCUCAGCAGUCCGGAUCAGAAGGCUGAGCUGAGCGCGCAGAGCCGGGCCGUGGUCUGGAACAUCCCCCGGUUCCCUGGAGGGACUCAGCUCUCUGCUCUCUUCAAGCUGGAGGUCCCGGGUCUCAGCUCCGCCUCCAUGUUGGAGGUCGGCCCAGUCUGUCUCAGCUUUGAGCUGCCAAAGUUCACCGCCACAGGACUUCAGAUCCGCUUCCUGCGGCUGUCUCCUGUGCAGCCAGGCCCGUCGCAGCGCUGGGUCCGAUACGUGACGCACUCUGACUCCUACACCUUCCGGAUUUAAGUGGAGCCGCCUUAAAGAGUCUCGUUGUGCUGAUUCUUGACAAAUGUAUCAUUUUAAUGAUGAAUUAGACUAAAAGUAGGCGGAGCUGGAAAUUUGGACAUAAAGGUCCGAACAUGGGUACAAGCUACUAAAUGUCAAUCUCGUGUGAUGUCACAAAGCCAGCAUAUGCUUUGAGUGGACUUUGUGUGCACGUUUAGCUUUGUUGAGAAAAUAUUCAAAGUGUUCGAUGUGCAGCUCGACUGUGACAAAUGUAUCAGAAAACAACAAGACUGAGUUUGACAGCGACAUAAAGAAAAUAUUCUUCUGUCUGCCAGAGAUGAUUCUCUGCUAAUCUGCCCCCUGGUGGACAAGCACUUUAAACCUUCAGGUCUGCGGAAAUUGUAUGUAAAUCUCACGUUUUUGGAAUGAAUUUUACUUUAUUUAAAUGUUGUUUGACAUCAGUGGAUUCACUCAGUGUUUGCUUGAAUAAUCGAUGCUGAUAUUUCACGUGAAGUUCAGAUUUGAUGAACGUUGUCACGACGGCAUGCUGAGGCGACAGAAGCGGAUGUUGUGAUCUGACUAAUUAGCAGUUAGAGUCACGUGAUCCAGUUUUGGUUUUACUGAAUUAUAGAGUCUCAAAACCAGAUCGAAGUAGUUCACAGCUGUUCACAAGUCGAGUGGAUGGUAUGGUAUUUAGCAUACUAACGCCAUUAGCUAGUUGAGCUCAGUUCUGACAGCGGUUUAAGUCAGCUAGCUUACAAACAAACUCGCUGUGAUGAUAUUCAGUUAUUUUUAAAAAAUAUAUAAUGUUGAAAGAUGUAACUAAAGUUUGUCUUUUGUAUAAAAUAUGACUGUUUUUUGUUGUUGUUUUGUUUGACAAUUUUCUAUUUAUUUUAUGUUAAUGUGUCUUAAAUAUGUGUCUGUAAAGAAAACAUAUUAAAAUAAAGUCUGGUUUUGCUUUGU